UACGACGUGACGUACAGGACGUGCUUUGCUGUGCUUGGUUAGUGCGCAAAAGUGGCCGGUGAGAGUGUUGAUAUUUACUGGAGAUCGGAUUCCUGCUUAAGUUGAUCUGCUCAGCAUUGAGAUGUCCGAUCAGGAGGCAAAGCCUUCCAGCCAGUCGGGAGAAAAGAAGGAUGGAGAAUAUAUUAAAUUAAAAGUUAUAGGUCAAGACAACAGUGAGAUCCAUUUCAAAGUGAAAAUGACCACACAGCUAAGAAAGCUGAAGGAGUCCUACUGUCAGCGGCAGGAUGUCCCCGCAAAUUCACUUCGAUUUUUGUUUGAAGGUCAACGCAUUACAGAUCAGCAAACACCUAAAGAGCUGGGUAUGGAGGAUGAAGAUGUGGUUGAAGUUUAUCAGGAACAGACAGGAGGGUGGUUGAGAGCCUAAUUGCUUGUCACAGUAUAAGAAUCCUGAUCACCUGUAUAAUUUCUUUAUUAUUUCUUGUUAGCUGUAAUCACUGAAUUUAUAUAAAAAAGAAAAAAAAUUAAACUUUCUUUCAUAUUGUUUGUACAA